AUGGGCAUCGAGCUGAAACAACCCGACUCUGCGCAUCUGCCGCACACAAACGGCUCAUCUGGCACACUGCCUGAGAGAUCAUCACCAACUGGAAUCGCUGUUUUGAUUGUUGGCGGAGGAGUAGCCGGCUUACUGGCCGGUCUCGAGUGCUGGCGUCAGGGCCACGAGCGGUGGCCAGACAUGGCCAAGGAGAACGACCGCAUUUCAUACGAGAUGUGGAUUUCAUGGCAUAAAAUCAAUGGGGACCUGAUUUCCGGUCCGGCUCCUUUCCGUCCCAAUGCUCAAAAGAAAGAUGGCCCUGAAGGUCCAAAUACUCUGCAAACCGCCAAGAUAUAUAGACACAGUCGUCCGACCAUGCACAAGAUGCUCGCCGAUCAGGUUGAGAGAGUUGGACUCACGGUGGAAUACGGCAAACACGUUACUCAAUACCAAGAGGACCCUGAUUCUUCCAAGGCUUAUGUGAUUUUGGAAAAUAACGAAAAGAUCGAGGCGGACUUGGUUGUCGCAGCUGACGGAAUUGGCAGCAAGUCUUAUAGUAUCACUUUGGGCCGUCAAGUCCCGGCCCGCCCCACAGGGUUUUCAAUCUAUCGAGCGUUGCUGCCUAUCGAUCAGGCUCUUGUAGAUCCCGUUAUCGAUGAGAAGUUCCCUCUGUUAGAGAAUGGGAUGUCCUCCACCCAACUCUGGAUGGGCAUUGAGUCCUGGUCUAACAAGGUUGGACCCGAGGUCGUGCUUCAAACCACGGCCACGAUUGACGGUUGGCCCGACUUCGCGGAUCGAUUGAUCAAGGCAACAGCCAAGGAUCAGAUCCACGACUUCAAACUCAUGUGGCGUGAGCCUCAACCUUGCUGGGUUUCCCCAGGCGGCCGAGUUGUGCAGAUCGGUGAUGCGGCGCACAGUUUUCUUCCAUCCUCCGGGAACGGUGCCACGCAGGGUAUGGAAGACGCCGUCUCUCUGGCAGCUUGCUUGCGACUUGCUGGGAAAGACAAUGUGCCCUGGGCAACCCGUGUUCAUAACAAACUGAGGUUUGAGCGGGUAUCCUGUCUGCAAAUGCUGGGCGUCCUCAACCAUGAGAUGCGCAAUCGCUCUGCCAAUGCGGAUGCUUCACAGACGAAGCCCAUCGGCAUACUUGGCAGCUGGAUUUGGAAACACGAUCCAGAGCAUUAUGCAAUCGAAAACUACGAGAAGGCGUUAAGGCACCUGACGAGUGGGAGUGAAUUUCUCAAUACUAAUGUCCCUCCUGGACAUGUAUACCAGCCGUGGACCAUUGAUGAAAUCCUGAAGGCCAAGGAAACAGGCAGGGAGAUUGUCUUGGAUGGGGACUGGGAUUAA